AUGUCCAACCGCGGCAGCAGCGUUUAUGUCCACCAGGACUCUUACCCAAGCCGCUCUUCCAGCUCAUCUGGCCGCUCUGCAGCUCCCAGCCCUCGCCCCAGUAUCACCACCUCCCGCGAAUACGGUGCCAGAGACCAUACUUCCCAAGUGAUUCGAUCUGGCCCCAACACCGUUAUCCAGCAUAACAAGCGCCACUAUGAUCCCAGCUCGCCGUCUCCUUCCUACAGGGGCCAAUGAAAUGUCUUUACAGCAAAGGCAUUGCAUAGCCUUUUGCUCAAAGAAGGCAUCAUAGCCCUUCAUCUUCUUUGACGCAAGCACACGAACACUGGGACACGACGACACAAUUUUGAUCAACUACUACCUCUUGCACUCCCGGAUUCCCGGGCAUUUCCCCACCUAUUUAUCACUAGGCUCUUCUACAAGUCCAUUCAUACAAACUACUACUACUACUACUAUUACUACUCGGCGUUGUCGGACUCUUAUUGGGGGAAAUGUUAUUUUUAUACUUUCAUGCUUGGAUAACUCUGAAGGAAUGGCGCCAGGAAGAAACAUGGGGGCACGGAAACAGGAAAUAGAUAUGACUUAUCAUCUGGAGUUAAGGACUUAAGCGAAGGCUGGGUGGCGGCAUCUAUAGCAUUGUUUUGAGACGAAAUGCGAAAAGAACAAAAAAAA